AGCUGCCUUGUGGGGUUUUGUACUUUCUCUCUGAUGAUUAAAAGGAAGAAGAACUGGCAAGAAUAAGAGUUUCUGGUUUGCUUCCAUUGAAAAACUUGCAACCUUUAACAUGCAACGACUCUUGCACAUUCUAUUCUUCAGCUGCCUUGUGGGGUUUCCUCUUGUCUCUCUGAUGAUUAAAAGGAAAAAGAACUUGCAAGAAUAAGUGUCUGGUUUGCUUCCAUUGAAAAACUUCUAACUCUUUAACAUAUAGUGACUCAAGCCCACAACUAGAAAGUUUUUAGAAAAACAAGUCUUUUGAAUUGAGGAUUGAAAAAUCUUUAACUACUCAAAGAUCAUAUUUCUCAUGAUUUAUGAGCUUCUGAUACAAGAAAUACAAAAAUAGGAGAGAGACCUGUUGAACCAGCUAACUUGAGAGAACAGCCAAAUUUGCUCGAAGAUGAAAGGGUUCCAAGAGUUGUCACAGAUCAACCGAUAUCUUUUGAUGCAAUUGGAGAUUUUAAUGCUGGUUACCCACAGGAUGCCUAUGCUUCUAUUAACCGACCUUUUUAUUAUGGAGGCUAUGACAAUAGCACCAGUUAUUGGGAUGGAUAUCCUCAUUAUGUUAAUGCUGAUAACAUGCAAGUUUUUCCUCCGUUCGGGUUAUGGCUUUAAUCCUCAAAUGGCAUAUGGACAAUAUACCAAUGUUGCUACCCCUCUUCCUUCUCUAAUGGUGGAUAGGCAGCUAUACUCCCCACAUCAAAAUCCAUUUUCUCAACCUUAUUAUCCACAACCAAUUCCUAGUGUGCCGAACAUAUCUUCAGCAGUUUCAGUUCCUCAAACUGAGCUGAUGGCACCAGAAAGUAGCGUCCAAGAGGGUUUCAGUGGCAACAUGCAUUCUAGUCAAGGAUCAAGUUAUGUCAUACAGUUCGGAUCUUUUGGUAGAGGGGGCCCUUCACAAAAUUCUGCCUAUGGUCCUGGUUCAUCUAAUUUUCAGGGGGAGUUUGUUCCACCCAACUUCUUGCCUAAUCAAUCAAAUCUUCCAGAAGCAGAUGUGUCUUUGUCUUCAGUGACGUCUCAGGCAGCUCAUCCCCAACCAGUUGGAAUACUUGGUUCAUACGAGCACAAUGUUAGACAGAGAGCAGCACAUGGACUGGGAUUGGUACCAAGUUCCUCUAACAUAUUCUACCCAGAUGGUGGCCUUUAUGAGAGCACUAACUUUGGUGGUGCAUCUGUUUCUCCGUUGGGAGCUAAUGAUCGGAACAGACUCAUUCUUGACAAGGGAAAAAUACGAGAAAGGGAUCGAAGUUCAGGUGUCUUUUCAACUGAUUUGUCUAACUUCUCCAGUGACCGUAAUCGGGGACCAAGGGCUUCAAAGCCAAAGGGCCAGAGCACCUCUGGACAGGGAGUUUCCUCUUCUUCCAGAAAAAGUGAUGCAUCAAAUUCUGUGGUUCACUUUGAUUCAUACAACCAACCAGAUUUUGUUACAGAUUACGAGAAUGCCAAGUUCUUUAUAAUCAAGUCUUACAGUGAAGAUAAUGUUCACAGAAGUAUCAAAUACAGCGUUUGGGCCAGCACAGCACUUGGAAACCGUAAAUUGGAUGCUGCUUAUCAAAAAGCAAAGGAGAUAGAGACCAAUUGUCCAAUCUUCCUGUGUUUCUCGGUCAAUACUAGUUCGCAGUUUUGUGGAGUAGCAGAAAUGGUUGGACCUGUAAAUUUUGAGAAAGAUGCAGAAUACUGGCAGCAGGAUAGGUGGAGUGGGUUGUUCCCGGUCAAGUGGCAUAUUAUCAAAGAUGUACCUAACAGUCUAUUUCGUCACAUACUACUAGAAAAUAAUGAAAACAAGCCUGUUACUCACAGCCGAGACACACAAGAGGUGAAUUUGGAACAGGGUAUCGAGAUGUUAAAAAUUUUUAAGUCUUAUGAUGCACAAACAUCCAUCCUAGAAGAUUUUGAUUUCUAUGAACUAAGGGAGAGAGCUUCAAAGGAAAGAAAGGCCAGACAGCAAGCUUGUUCAACAACAAAAAGUCCAGGUCCUGAGGAGUCUGUAAACCAUGUUUCCAAUAGCUUUUCUCAAGCCCUCCAGUUGGAAGAGCGUAAUAGGGAAGUAAUAGCAACUGAAUGGGGUGACAAUUCAAGGACAGAAUCAGGGGCCCACUGCUUGGAAGAGAGUGGUGAAGCAGUGGAACCUGAAAGGGGUUGUAGCACUACAACAGGUGGUCUGGUUUCACUUGCUGAUGACUCCAUGAACCAAAUGUCUGAUAGCUUUGCUCAAACACUACGGUUGGAAGGGAGUAUUAAAGAAUUGAGAGCUGCUUCUAGCUCAGGAACUGAUGCUGAGGUUUCACUUGAUGAUGCCAUAACCCUAAUGACUUUAGAAUCCGAAAAGAAUAAUAAAGAACUACCAACAGCUGGAAGGAUUAACAGCCCAAGACCAGAUGCUUUUGUUUCACUUGUUGAUUACUCCAAGGGCCAAAUAUCUGAUAGCUCUGUUCAAUCCCCACAGUUGGAAGAGAGUAGUAAAGAAGUGUAGGCAACUAGAAGGCUUGGGUAUCAGAAUUAAUCCUGUCAACCUGAUGGUAACAGUUGUAUUGACUGGUCAAAGUGGUGGUGUAGCUGUAGUGGGCAUCCCGGGAGUGGUUGCAUGCAUCUUGGACAUGCUGCUGUAACCUAACAUAUUCCUUGUUCUCUUUGUGACUCUAGUCUUCGUCUGCUGACUACAUUUGAGGUGGUAUUUUGGACACCCAAGUGACCUGGAUGUUUUCCAUAAAAGAUGUUGGUUUUGUGUUUUUUUCGUUUUUUUCCCUUUCCAUUUAUAGUUCUGUUGAUUGUUUGGAGCAGAGAGCCAGUAACAUUCAGGCAGGGUUUUGGAUGCAGAUGGUGUGGAAUUCAAUACUCAUUAGCCCGUCUUUUCUAGAGUUGUUUCCUAUGAAGGAAGGUGGUGUUGAGCAUAUUGAAAGUAACAGGUGUGGGGUGUUCUGCUCAACAAGAUUAUGACCCUGAUUCCAUUCUGGCUGUAAUGGUGGGAUUUUUGUUUUAAUGGUUUGUAUGAAGGCAGUUGGGUGUUGUAAUCUGCUUCUUGAUAAAAAGGAGUUGUAAACAUCCCCAAUUUGGGAUGAUAAAUUGUAAAAGAAUGUUACAGAUGCAUCCAAGAAUUGUGUAAAAUCUUUGUUUGAGGUGCAUGGGAAGGCAAUAUGGAGUGAGAUGGUUUUUCUUC